UGUGUUUUGACUGCUAGAAAAUCCAGCAUGAUACACGUUAAUCCGUUGCGAUGUUUUAGUGGGGGGUGUAUACUUCCUUUAAUAUUGACAUAUCUAACAGCGUUAUUUUGUUCCCAAUUUGUUCAGUCUGAUUUCCGGAAAAUGGCUAGCAUAAUUGGAGAUAGUGUUUUAAAAUAAGUUUGUGAAGAGUCCCUAUUCCACGUAUACGCCAGCGCCUUACAUAUUACAUUUGCUUGUCUUUUCAUGCAGUAAGUGCAGUUUUAAAUGCGUUUAUUUUUUUCCAAAGCCUCAUCGUGUGACAUCUUUCUAACGUCCCCUCGACAUUUGAAUUCCAGAAAAUGCGCAAUAAUCCUAAAGCCCCAACAUUAAAUAAAUUUGCGGUUUUGGGCCUCACAUGUAAAAAACUGUCUGCCUACAUUUUCCCUAUCGUAUUGCCUUCCAGAAAAAGCAAUCUUCUAAUGUGUUUUGUGUCCACUUGUUACCAGAAAAAUUGAUUUUGGAUACACCUGUGUUGAAUAUACACCAUUCCCUUAUCUGCGCAGUUGUAAACGGGUCUUCUCGUUUAUUUUGACUACCCAAAAAGCAAUUCGAAACGUGUUAAUGCGAACGUGUUUGCGAAUGUCAGCAUCGGAUACAGGUGUUAAGACUCUUCUUCCCUUCAUCCAGGUGUUUAUGUGGCAAGCAGGACAGCCUUAACAGAAGAGUGUUGUUUGCAUGCACACUGGGUAUUAUGCACGAAAACCUUCAUUGGUGGUGCGUGCUUGGGCGAGGUGUAGCGUCACAUUGUUGCCAUGGCGAUGUUCAUUUCACUCUCAGAUCAGUUGACAUUUUUACCUUACAAGACUGACUGAUGCACUGAAUGCUUAAGAAAUUCCUUGUGCGACCUUUUCAAGUUCUAUCGACGGGUAAACAACGGUACUUUGAUCAAAGAUGUCAGCGAGAUGUCCAAAGGACUUGAGCUUCGCUGCAAAAGGCGUAGAUAGCCGUAUUAAGUUCAGCCUCCAGCCCCUCCCUGGUGAUGACGCCUAUCAGCAGUGGUUAGAUGCCAUGAAAGCCGUGGUGCGCCUGCCUAUGGGGAUACCCAAGGAGUUCAGGAGAAAGGUGUGGCUGAGUCUGGCAGACAAUCACAUCAAGAACCUCAGUGUAGACUGGGAGAAGACACUGAAAGUGACCUUCAAUGAGAAGAGCAACCCUGAUGAUAACAAGUUGGGACUGCAGAUUGUAAAGGAUCUCCACAGGACAGGCUGCAGUGGUUUUAGUGGCCAGGAUAAUGAGCAGGACAGGGCUGUGUUGAAAAGAGUGCUCCUGGCCUAUGCAAGGUGGAACAAAACUGUUGGCUACUGCCAGGGAUUCAAUGUCAUUGCUGCCUUGAUAUUGAAUGUUAUGGAAAGAAAAGAAGGGGAUACUUUGAAGGUGAUGAUCUAUUUGAUAGACCACGUUCUUCCAACAAGUUACUUUGCCAACAACCUUCGUUCCUUGUCCGUGGACAUGGCGGUGUUUCGCGACCUUUUACGCAUGAAACUCCCUGGCCUGUCGCGCCACUUGGACUAUCUACAAGCUGCUGCCAAAGACUGCACUGGUGCUAAUUACGAGCCCCCACUGACCAACGUGUUCACCAUGCAGUGGUUUCUCACCCUGUUUGCCACCUGCCUGCCCAAGACCACGGUCCUCAGGGUGUGGGACAGCGUGUUAUUGGAGGGGUCCGAGGUGUUGCUGAGGACUGGACUGGGGAUAUGGGCUAAACUGGCUAAACGAAUUAUGACAGUUCAAAGUGCUGAUGAGUUUUACCAGAUGAUGGCAUCUCUGACUUCUGAAAUGCUGGACACAGAUCUCAUAGAUCCUGACUCCUUGAUAAAGAAAAUAUAUGCCAUGGCGCCCUUUCCACUUCCACGUCUCACUGAGCUGAGAGAGAAGUACGAGUUUAAUAUAACGCCUUUCCAAGCUGCGAUGAAUGCAGGACGUCUGGGUGCAAAGACACGGAGCUCUGCCCACAUAUUCAGCGAUGACGAUGAAAUUGAGGAGGAGGAUUUUGAGAAUAUAAAUUGCUUCUCUGCCUUUGGGCUAUUUAAUCCUCAAGGGUCUCCUAGUAAAGGUGACCUUGGAGUGACCCCGAGUUUGACCUUUGACAUCAGCAGUGUCGGACCAGGAGCAUUUGGUGCCAACCCAGAGAAUGCCUCUAUGCAGGUGAAGAACACUGCCUACACAGAGAGAAUGACAACAGACCUUGGUGCGCUACAGAAACAGUAUCAGAAGCUUCUUCAAAGGCAAAGGCAGGCCCAUAUUAUGCUUCAAGCUGCCAAUGCCAGACACCACGAAAGGACAAAGUCCACCCUAGUGCCAAAGAUUGAGUCCCCAGUGGCCAUCAACCACCUGUUUCUGGGGAAGAAUGGGGCCUCCAGCCGUGGCAAGAACCGCCAUGUUACCACUGGGCCAAGAAUAGCACCACUGCCUAUUACUAGCACAGAGGUGCAACAACAGGUUCAAAAAUACCCUCCUGAUAGAGGGCAUAGAACCAGUACCAGUGGAAAUCCCAAAGAUCGUUACCUUAAAGAGAGGAGCGCCAGCGUCCGAAGUGAUGUGAGUACCACAUCCACCCACAGUUCUGCUAGUAUAGCUUCAACCAGCAGUUUAACAAGUGCACUGUCGCAAGACAGUAUAGAGACAGUCACCAGCAGUGCCACAGUCGAAGCACUCCAGGAAAAUGCUGAGUCAGAGUCCAAAUCUGACAUAGAUGGCACUGAGCACCAAGACAGGUCGGAAAAAGCAGAUUCUAUUCAUCAAGACCUCCAAGAAAAAGAGGUUGCUGCUCAUCAAGAAAUUCUUAAUGAAAGGACUGCAUUAAAUGGUGAAUCUUCAGUUCACAAUGCAAAAGACUCUGGCUCUGCUGAUUUGAUAAAAUGGGAAGAUGAAAGAGAUGUAGAGCAAGAAACACUUACAAAGUUAGUUUCCGAAGAGGAUACUAAAAAAGACAAAUCGGCAUCAGAUGUUUCUGUGACAGACUUGGUUGAAGUUGAAGCCAAGGAUGGAACUGGUAAAACUUUACCUACAGAUGUUAAGGCCAUCAGUAGCAAUACAGAAAAAAAUAAUGAAAUCAGUGACAGCAAUCAGUGCAAUACUGCAGAGAGCUUAAAUGAAGAGAACUCUGAAGCUUUUGCAUUACACAGUAAAAACAGUAACACAGAUACAGAUCUAGCUAAUGGAAAACCAACAUUAUUAUCUCUAGCUUUAAAAUUUAAAAGACAAAAGGAAGGUGGGGGUGACAUUUCACAUAGUGAAAACCAGUUUGAAACUCAGAACUCUGAUACCCAUUGUCAGCCAGGGCCAAGUGGUGAUAAUCAAAAAUCAGUUCAGCAUGGUAGCACACAAAAUGCAGUCCAGUCCCCAAGCAUCAAAGCAGGUGGAACCCCAGAUGGGCCUGUCUUGGCACAGUCUGCUCGCCAGGUGGGGUCACCCCCACAGAGUCCCAUGAGGAGCCCAACUAGUCCCAGCAAAGUGUUUAACCCAUUUCCCAACAGGCAUGCCCUGCAUGUGAAUCAGAGUAGAGCACAGAAUGGACUUAAGCUGGGUCUCUACACGGCUGAGAAGUUAAAAGAGAUUCAAGAUACUUCCGUCAGUGUGCCAACCAAAAAACUCCCCACUUUCACUGGUAUUAGAAGGUCCCACAUUAACUCUUGCUUGCACAGACAAUAUAUGGCUGGAGUUAGACAGGAGGCAAAGUCAGCAAGGAGGUGAAAUAUCCCAGCAAAGAUGCAAGAGUUUGUCUAAGAUAUAGUGGUUGAGGAGUCUAGGUAAAAGGGAUUAGUAAGAUACAAGUUGUACCAAAGGGUUGUUGAUGCUGUUGAUAGGGGCAAAGAUAAAGAUUAAGAAAGAGAAUGCUUUAUUUUCUCUUUUGAGAGAUUAUUUUGGUGAGUUAGUUGAAGGUUUACGAUUAGCAUUUUGUAAGAGGCAAAUCCUGUUCAGUCAGACACAGAGGAUGUGCAAAGAGAAAAAAGUGGUUUUGGACAUGGCCCAACUGCAGAAAUAUCUGCAAGGAGUUAAAGCAAAUAUCUUAAAAUGAGAAGUAUAUGACAAAACCCAAUUCAGACUUAAGACAUCAAUGCCUUCAAAAAUGUGCUCACAUGGCACGUGGCAAAACCAAAAUUGUUGUGCUUCAUAUAAAGUUGAUAACUGUGACAUUGGAAACAUUCCAAACCUACAAGUAUUCUGCUUUUUAUGCAAAUACCUGUAACAGUUUCCACGUAAACGUGGCUUUAAUGAGCUUUUGAUGAGGUAAUCAAUAUGAUGAGCUUUAAAAUCAGCUACAGUAACCAAAAGGCUUUCAGUAUUUGAAUUUUUCAAUUUUGUUUUCAAUCCAGUGAAGGGACAUUAUUGAAUUCUUAAAACAAAAUUAUGUUGCAUUCACAUCAGCUAAUCUAAAAAUUCAUUUUGUUCAACAGUUUCUCAUCUUCAGUUAUUGAAUGGUUUUACUUGUAGUUGAAGUCAUGAGAAGAAUACUAUCCCAUGUUCACAAAUGAAAUAAGAUAAAACGCCCUCUGAAAACUUGAGCAUUAACAUGACAGUUUGUUUCUUCAACACUGAGCUACACAGUCUAAACAGUGGCAACAUAUAGGGCAUUAGUUUAAGUGGGUUUAUAUGAUAAGCACAAAGGAAACAUUUGGUGUAAGUCCAUUAUUUGUUAUAGUAUCAAAAGUAGUUUGUUGCUUAUAUGCAUUUUAGUUAUGUAAUUGGUUUUUAGUAUUUUCCUAUUGUUAGUAUAUUUCUCUUUGUUGUUUUAGAAAUCCGUUCAUGUAGGUUGUCGCUGCUAUGUGUUCACUGGAAGGAAACUAUCAAAAGCUGCAUUUGUUUACCAACUGACACAUUUUUGCCACUUAUGAAAUCUAGCUUUCCUUUUAUUGUGACAGCUGCGUUUGGUCUAGAUGCUGUAGAGAACAUUUAACACACUUGUACACAUUUCUCCUGUCUCAACUGUAGCAUUUGGUCUCAACCAGCACUCUUUGUAGUAUUAUUUUAAAAAAUGCAUCACUUAAAAAUGUCUCCCCUGU